GCGCCUUCUCUGCCUUCUCCAGCGGCCUCGCUCCCUGCCUGCUCUGUCUCCUGCCUUUCCCCUGGCGUCCAGCAGGGGGCGGGGGCGCCCUCACGUACGAGCGGGACGCCUUCGUUUCCGUGGCGACGGCGACGCUGUUCUUUCUAACCGCUGUUCAACUACUGAGCGUCCUGCUCCCACCCGCGAGUGUGGCCCCGCGUGACACCUAAAUGCGGCUCCGACUUGCCUCCAUCCCACUACAGCCCGAGGAUGGGGGAUUUGGAAGUGCUGCUGCCCGGAGAGGCCGACGCCCUGGUGCAGGCCCUGCAGAGCUUUCCGCUGUGGGAGAUGGGAUCCCAGGGGUGGUGUCGGCAGCAUGAACAGCUGGAGAAGUUGAAUAUGCAGGCCAUCCUGGAUGCCUCAGCCAGCCAGGGAGAGCCCAUCCAGGAGCUGCUGGUCACCCAUGGCAAGAUCCCGACUCUGAUUGAGGAACUGAUUUCUGUGGAGAUGUGGAAGCAGAAGGUGUUCCCUGUGCUUUGCAAGCUAGAAGACUUCAAGCCCCAUAACACCUUUCCCAUUUACAUGGUGGUGCACCACGAGGCCUCCAUCAUCAACCUUCUGGAGACUGUCUUCUUCCACAAGGAAGUGUGUGAUUCAGCCGAGGACUCCAUUUUGGACUUGGUUGACUAUUGUCACCGAAAACUGACACUCCUCGUGGCCCAGAAGAGCUCUGGAGGCCUCCCAGUGUCUGAAGGAGAGCUUGAACUUUCACCUCUGCAGGAGCUACAGAAGCAGGCCCAGACGAUGGAGUUUGAGAUCUCUCUGAAGGCCCUUUCUGUGCUGCGCUACAUCACAGACAGUGUAGACAGCCUGUCCCUGAGCACCCUAACUCGGAUGCUGAGCACCCACAACCUGCCCUGCCUCCUGGUGGAGCUGCUGGAGAACAGCCCCUGGCAUCGUGAAGAGGAAGGCCAGCUGAAGAGGUUUGAGGGGGGCAGGUGGCAAUCGGUGACUGCCAGGAACUAUCAGAAGCUGACCAAGACAGAUGGUCAGGUGUGGAUUGCCCUGUACAACCUGCUGCUCAGCCCCGAAUGCCAGCCCAAGUAUAAUCUCACCGGCUUCAACAAGAACCAGCUCCUUAAGCUCCGGGCCUUGCUCACUGAUAUCACACUGGACCAGAUACCCAACCUGGUGGAGCUGCAGCGCUUCCUGAGCCACCUGGCACUCACUGAGCCCCUCCCUCCCAAGAAGGACCUGGUCAUGGAGCAGAUCCCAGAAAUCUGGAGCCGGCUAGAGAGGAAGAACGGGGGAAAGUGGCACGCCAUUGCAAAAUACCAGCUGAAGCAUGUCUUUAGCCCCUCUGAGCAGGACCUGCGUCUACAAGCCAGAAGAUGGGCAGAGACCUACAAGCUGGAUGUGAUGGAGGCAUUGAGCCCUGAGAAACCCAAGUGUGCCUUCUGCAAUGCCGAGGCCUCCAAGCGAUGCUCACGGUGUCAGAAUGAGUGGUACUGUAAGCGGGAAUGCCAGGUUAAACAUUGGCAGAAGCACCGAAAAUCUUGUGACUUAAUGGCCAAGACUCUGGACAGUGUGAAGGAAGAGGUCAAAGCAUAGUAGUAGCUGCUGCUCAUUUAUGCUCAUGGUAUCCCAUCGUGCCCAGCCCCCACCCACCCAAGGCCCCAGAGUGCCCCACUGUGCCAGCUAUGUGCCCCCCACACACACACACCCCAGCACCCCAGGCCAGACUGGUCCAUAAGCUCCCACCUCAGGCGGGGUCACUUGUGGCUCCCUGCCCUUCCUGGGUGAAUCCCUGGUAACCCAUCCAUUCUCGACUAGCCCGGCUGCAGCUCCCAACCUGUGCCUCAGCUCUCAGGACAGCCCAGACUACAUGAGUCUAGAACAGAGGGUGCUUUCUUCUCUUGGGAGUGGGGCAGGGUACUGGGGGAGAUCCUUCCCACUCCCUUCUUGCCCCGGGUAAGGGGAAUUCUAGGGAGGGCGAGUUCCCACAGGCACCCAGAGAAAGGAGGGAGUAGGGUCCAUUGCUAAGAAUCCCCUCCCCUUUCUGAGAGUCUGUGGCUGGGAAGUGCGGAUGUGGGGUACCUUCUUCCUCUC